AUGGACGACCGUAAAAGGUCGCUCAUCGCCGAUGUCGAAGACCUCGCUCCGAGUCGCAAGCGGCUCAAAGACGAGAAUGGCGCGGUGAUGCGCAUGGACGAGCAGAAGGAGCGCGACGUGGAGGACUACCAAAAGGACGCCAUACUGCGUCAAAUGAAGGAGUACAAGCGGCAGAAAAAGGACGCCGACGAGCAACUCAACGAGCUGCAGAAAAAGGCCGCGCACCACCACGACCAUAUUCGCAUAUGCGAUGCCUGGCUCGCCCAACUUGUCGACGAGAUCCGCGUCCUCGCCUCGGAAAUGCUGCCCACCCCGCCGCCCAGCGCGACUUCCUCCGCCGGGGAAGAGAUGUACAAGUCCGCACUGCAAUUUGAGGACAGCGCCGCCUUUUCGGAGCACCUGAAAGCUCGUUCAGGAAGCAUAAAGGGUGCCAUCGCAGAGCUAUUCGGCCGCCUACCCUCGGCCAGUCCUGAUGUGGAGGACCUUCGCAAGCGAUUGAAUGACCUUCUCGCCAAGGAAAAGGAGCAUGCCGUAGAGCUGCGGAGGAMCAUCGACGAAAAGGACUCUAUGUAUGACCGUCUGGAACAAGCAAUGGGACGAUACAUGAUCGCCGAGAGGAAGCUCGAUCGUGCCAAAAGUGCUCAGGUGCAGAAAUUGGAGAGACAGGCUAUUAUGGGCGGCAAUGGCGAUGUUGUAUCACCGACUACCUCAAAGGCUGCUUCUCUACCAAAGCGGGAGCACUCAGAACCCAAUGGAGAAAUGGAGAAUGGUGUCGCUAGUGCUGAAGCCGAGCUUGCGCGCAAGGAAGCCGUUGCUGCAGCUGAUAAGCAGAAGGCCCAACUGGAAGAGAUUGAGCUUGAAAAUGAACGUUUGACCAACGAGUUGAGCGCUGCCAGGACAAAACUCGCAAGCCUUUCGGACGAUAGCUACGCUGAGACUGCCCUGUUCAAGAGCUUGAAGUCAACGCACGAAGAUGCCAUUCGUCGUUUAAAUGAUCUUGAAGCCACCAACGUUCAGCUCCGGGAGGAAGCCCAAAGACUGCACGCAGAGCGAACAAACUACAGAGUGCUGAUCGAUGAGGAAAACCGGACUCACACCAGCGAGACUGAAGCAAAUGCAGCGCGCGCUGAGACAGAUCUUGCACGCAUCCGUCAUGUGCGAGAUCAGCUUGGUUCGGAGAUUUCAAUUCUGAAAGCAGCGGAGGAGAAUACGCGGAACGCCGUGGCCGCCACGCAGGAACUCGCAGAAGCGCGCCAGUCGAGAAUCUCCGCGUUGGAGUCACAUGUGCAGAGAUUACAACUCCAACGCGGCGAGUUACAAGCAGUAGAGGCAGGAGGCGACACAGCGGUUGACGAAACAGACCUGGAAGCACUCAAGGCGAAAUUCCGUACCCUGGAAAGCCAAUACGCACUUCUCAGCAAUGAGCUACCGUCAAUGGAAGCUGCAUGGAAGAAAACGCAAGCGCUGGCGAGCAAGAAGAUUGAGGAGAUUGCAGAGUGGGAGGACCGCCUUUCUCGACUAACCGCCGAAAAGUCCAAGGCUGACCAGAAGUACUUCGCGGCUAUGAAGGCAAAGGAUAUGCGAGAGGCGGAACUCCGGGCGUUGAAGUCGCAGAAUGCACGUUCCUCGGAGAUCGUCACGCAAUUGAAAGACGGCGAAGCAAAGACCAAGGAGCUCUGCGUGAAUUAUGAGCGGCAAAUUGCGGCUUCCAACGAGGGUUUAUCAAGAUUGGAGAAGGAGCACAAAGCGAGCGAGAGCAAGCUGAAGGCCACCGGUCUUGAAGCCGAGGGUCUCAAGAAGAACAUCGAAGAGUUGAAGGCGCUUGUGGGUGCAAAGGACAAGGACUCGCUCGCUGCAGCCAAGGCAAAGCGCGAGGCCGAGGAGGAGCUCGAGAAGGUGAAGGUCCGGCUGGAGGAUUCCAGGAAAACCCUCGAGGAGCUGAAGAAGACUCGCGCGGCUGUGGGCGCGAGCGACUCCGACGAUUGGAGGAAAGUCGCCAUCUGUCCAGUCUGCCAGACCAAUAUCCGAGAUACCACCAUGAAGCUAUGCGGGCACGUCUUCUGCAAGGACUGCGUGGACAAGCUCAUUGAAGGCCGAAGGAGAAAGUGUCCGAGCUGCGGGAAAGCGUUUGGAAUCACAGACCACAUGCACAUUGUGUUGACCUGA